AUGCUUUGUUUCAGCCGCCUCGACAUCUUGGCUCGAGUCACUCCGGCAGCGGCAGCAGAAGCCGCAGCUGCUGAAGCCGCUGCAGAAGCCGCACAAGGAGACGUCAGUUUCGACGGCAGUUACGACGACACCACCGCAAGCUUUGGAGCGGCCAGCUACCGGCUAGCCGGCACUUUUGAAACUGAUUGCAGUUACGACGCCGGCGAGAACCUUCUAGAAGGCGUCAUUUUGUCCAAGGGCCGGCACGCGCUGUUCGCGCCGCUUGCAGCGUGGACGGAGGAGAGCAUUCUGCGACUAGAGCGGAUUAAAGCGUACGGCGCGCUGCGGAAUAACAAGCCUAGGCCAGUGGAGAAGGAAGAGCAGCGCAACAAGGAGCAGCGCAACAGACGCGGCAAUGACUUAUACUCCAAGUUACCCGCUGCUAGCGUCCGGGCUCGCCGUGCGGCGGGAAUCGGCUGUUGUUUCGCAGGCGGCGUGGGGGAUGGGGAAGAGGCGGAAGAUAGUGAAGGGGCGGAAGACUCCCUGCCGGCGCGCGAGGCUGGGGGGAAGCUGGCGGAAGGAAUUGCGCGGCUACGGAUGGGAUGGGCGCGCGCAAGAGAUGGAGCGGAGGAGGCGGAAGGGGUCAGAGCACAGCUUCUGGCGCAUGCGGUGCUCCCAGCGGAGAGGGGGGACGUUGGCGCGCAGGAUGGCGGUCGCGGCGGAGAUGAGCGGAUGAAGAGGGAUGGUCCUGAUAUGCUUAGGGAUGCCCGAAUUUCUGGCGAACCUUCUUCCAAUUCGCGUCACAACGAGAUUGAACCUGCCGACACACCUGCCACCCACGAAUCGAGUUAUAUUACUGCCAGCGACACGGGCGCCUCCUAUGGAACACGGAGUACGACAGCCGCCACGUCAGCAGCCGAGCCGCGGGUCGUGCUGCCGCACCUGUACUCUAAAGUGCCGGUUUCUGGGGAAGGCAGUAGCGUAGCAGGCUGGGGUAGGUGGGAAGGAGAGACAUGCAUUCAAGAAGAGGAGGGAGAGGAUGAGUACUGGCGUGAGAGAGCAGACGACGCUGUUGCUGGCGCUGGUGCUGGCAGUUCUGACGCGUGUGUUGCUGAUUCGACGCGCGAAGAAGCACGUGACAUGGGAGCGCGGACCAGGCCGAGCUCUCCCACCCAUCACACCACCAGCCCUGCUGCUUCCACUAUCCCCGCGACCGACGCCGCUGCUGCCGGAACUGCUGCACGUGCCCUGCGUUGGUUCGCCUCAGUGCGCGCCAGCGGAGCAGCACUCGAGCUGAUGAACGCUCAGACCGAAGUCCUGCCGGUGCGGCUGGGCGGCAUGGACGGCGACAAGCUCGCCAAGAUGGCGCAGUACGGCAAGUGGACAGUAAAGACAAACGACGAGCAGCGCGGGGAUCAUAUCUCCGUCCUCCGCGCCGUCCGGCUCUGGCUGGUCCCAGAUUCCGAGGUGGAACUUACCCUGGUGCUGGCUUCCGGUGGGGUAAAUAACGCGGCGUGCCCUCCCGAUUGGGGGUUACUUCUGGAACAAACCCUCGAGGGUGUGGUGCAUGUGGUGGGGGUGAGGGGGGGCAGUCCGGCUGAAAAGGGAGGAGUGGCCAUGCUGCUGAGGAUGGCACGGGCGAAGAAACGGCUGCUGCUGCUGUCGCGGCUGCAGGGACAGGUGCUGCUGCCGUCGGUGAUAGCCAAUGGGCAGAUAGACUGUGCUGACGUGGAGGCGCUACAGGAGCAGCUGGUGCUGCAGGCGCAUCUGCCGUCCAUCCCGCUGCGCCUCACGUUUGCCCUGUGA